AUGGUGGAACUAGUCAAGGCCAUAGCAUGGCCCUUUAAAUGGAUAUUCCCCACUCCAGAGAUCCUCAACACCUUCAAAGGCCGCCCCUUAGCCAUGGUCCUCCCCCUUAUGUUCGUCUGCAACAUCAUCAUGCUUCUCUAUAUCGUGUAA